CCCGAUUUCACUGUUUUGACAGUUCUUUUCAGUGUCACUGUGGUCCACGUUCAAUAGUUUAGUGCGGUCCAAUUGCCGAAAACCAUCUAAAUUAUAAUGGCACCGAAAAAAGUCGAAGAGCCGGAGAAGAAGCCGCUGAUUGGACGUGUCGGAACGAAUUUACGUGUCGGCAUCGUUGGCGUACCGAACGUGGGCAAAUCUACCUUCUUCAACGUCCUCACAAAAAGUGCAGCACCGGCUGAAAACUUCCCCUUCUGCACCAUCGAUCCCAAUGAGAGUAGGGUACCGGUCCCGGACGAACGUUUCGACUUUUUAUGCGAUUACCACAAACCAGCCAGUAAAGUUCCAGCAUAUUUGAACGUUGUUGAUAUUGCUGGUCUCGUCAAAGGUGCUGCUGAAGGACAAGGUCUGGGAAAUGCUUUCUUGUCACACAUUAGCGCGUGCGAUGCCAUCUUUCAUUUAUGCCGUGCUUUCGAUGAGACUGAUGUUAUUCACGUAGAAGGCGAUGUGAAUCCAAUUCGUGAUUUAGAGAUUAUCGGCGAAGAGCUUCGCCUCAAGGAUGAAGAGAAACUGAUGCAGAAUUUAGAAAAGCUCGAACGCGUUGUUUGCAGAGGAGGCGACAAGAAGUUGAAACCAGAAUAUGAUUCGCUUGUGAAAAUCAAAGGUGUUUUAGUCGACGAGAAAAAACACAUCCGAUUCGCCGAUUGGAGUGCUCAUGACAUCGAAGUCUUGAACAAGUAUCUAUUUCUAACAUCAAAACCGGGCAUUUAUUUAGUCAACCUUUCCGAAAAAGAUUUCAUUCGCAAAAAGAAUAAAUGGUUGAUCAAAAUCAAAGAAUGGGUAGAUAAAAAUGACCCUGGUGCCCCAAUUAUCCCAUUCUCAGGAAUGUUUGAACAAAAAAUUUCAGAAAUGGAAGAAGCCGAACGGAAGGCAUACGAAGAAGAGACAAAAUGCCAUUCAGUUUUGGAUAAAAUCAUUGUUACCGGUUACAAAGCUCUACAAUUGGAAUAUUUCUUUACUGCUGGCCCGGAUGAAGUGAAAGCAUGGACUAUUCAGAAAGGAACAAAAGCACCACAAGCUGCCGGUCGCAUUCACACUGAUUUCGAGAAGGGUUUCAUUAUGGCUGAAGUGAUGCAUUAUAAGGAUUUCAAGGAAGAAGGCUCAGAAGCAGCUGCUAAGUCAGCAGGAAAAUAUCGACAGCAAGGACGCAACUACACGGUUGAGGACGGUGACAUUAUUUUCUUCAAAUUUAAUGCAGGUGCCGGCCUUAAAGACGCUAAGAAGAAAUGAUACGGAGUCGUUAUUUUGUUGCUUGUGAUGUUCUACGUUAAUAUGAUUGUGUAUUCUCAAAGCUUUUUACAAAACGGCAAAUAUUAACAAGGUCUUUGUCCAGCUGUCCUUUUUCUAUUGAUUUUCUCCUUAAAUGAAAUAAAUGAGAGAUAUAACUUUA